CUCCGUCCCCCGCCCUCCCGGCCCGACCUCCGAUCAGUCUAGUAAGGAGGUGCUGUCCCGACCGGGAGACGGCAAGAGGGUGGCGCGACCACUCGGGCCUGGACGAGGGAGGCAAACCGCUCCCUUCCAACCCUCGGCUCGCCCUGCGCUCGCAACGGCGGCGUUGGCGGACGGAUACGCGGCGGCGCCUGUGUCUGGCAGAGCCGGUGUGAGAAGAAGAGACAGACCUUCCUCGCCGCCGGGAUAAUCAGGAGUUUUGGCCGGACCAUCGAGUACACAUCGGGAGAGUGAGGAGCCCGGCGAAAAGCACAGACUAUGGCGCUGAAACGGAUUAAUAAGGAACUUAGUGAUUUGGCCCGUGACCCUCCAGCACAAUGUUCUGCAGGUCCAGUUGGAGAUGACAUGUUUCAUUGGCAAGCCACAAUUAUGGGACCUAAUGACAGCCCAUAUCAAGGUGGUGUAUUCUUUUUGACAAUUCAUUUUCCUACAGACUACCCCUUCAAACCACCUAAGGUUGCAUUUACAACAAGAAUUUAUCAUCCAAAUAUUAACAGUAAUGGCAGCAUUUGUCUUGAUAUUCUAAGAUCACAGUGGUCUCCUGCUUUAACUAUUUCUAAAGUUCUUUUAUCCAUUUGUUCUCUGCUAUGUGAUCCAAACCCAGAUGACCCCCUAGUGCCAGAGAUUGCACGGAUCUAUAAAACAGACAGAGAUAAGUACAACAGAAUAUCUCGGGAAUGGACUCAGAAGUAUGCCAUGUGAUGCUACCUUAAAGUCAGAAUAACCUGCAUUAUAGCUGGAAUAAACUUUAAAUUACUGUUCCUUUUUUGAUUUUCUUAUCCGGCUGCUCCCCUAUCAGACCUCAUCUUUUUUAAUUUUAUUUUUGUUUACCUCCCUCCAUUCAUUCACAUGCUCAUCUGAGAAGACUUAAGUUCUUCCAGCUUUGGACAAUAACUGCUUUUAGAAACUGUAAAGUAGUUAACAAGAGAACAGUUGCCCAAGAUUCAGAAAUUUUUUUAAAACUGGAGCAUGUGUAUUAUGUGGCCAAUGUCUUCACUCUAACUUGGUUAUGAGACUAAACCAAUCCUCACUGCUCUAACUUGCUGAAGAAACCAUCUGAGGGGGAGGGAGAUGGAUGCUCAGCUGUCACAUCCAAGGAAGCAUUAUUCUAGCGCAUCCAUUCUUGUUUAAGCCCUCCAACUGUUAGAGAUUUGAGGUUACAUGAUAUAUUUUAUGCUCAUAACUGAUGUGGCUGGAGAAUUGGUAUUGAAUUAUAGCAUCAGCAGAACAGAAAAUGUGAUGUAUUUUAUGCAUGUCAAUAAAGGAAUGACCUGUUCUUGUUCUACAGAGAAUGGAAAUUGGAAGUCAAACACCCUUUGUAUUCCAAAAUAGGGUCUCAAAACAUUUUGUAAUUUUCAUUUAAAUUGUUAGGAGGCUUGGAGCUAUUAGUUAAUCUAUCUUCCAAUACUGUUUAAUAUAGCACUGAAUAAAUGAUGCGAGUUGUCAAUGGAUGAGUGAUCAACUAAUAGCUCUCCUAGUAAUUGAUUUAUUUUUCUUCAAUAAAGUUGCAUAAACCAA